AUGGUGCCGAGCGCUGACGGGCGGACAGGCGAGAGGCAGCUGCGCCUCCCUCUUUCUCACGGCCUUGCCGGGGCUGCCCGAGGCGGCUUACAGCGCCGCAGGCCAGGGCCAAGCCAUGCCUCGGGCCCCCAGGGCCAAGAGAACCGAACCCUCCGCCACCCCGUAGGGGAAGAGAAGGGCGAGGGGGGCGGAGAGAGCCAGUCUUACCAACUUUCAGAGAGCAAUGAGCAGGUACCUAAAAGGAAAACCAAACCAGCUUCACCAGAUCAGCUUUUGAACAAACAGCCUGAGAGCAAACAAUCAGGGAGCCAGCAGCCAUCCAGCCAGCAACCAACCACUCAUAUAAAUGAACAUGAGUUUGAUGCUGUUCACGAUGUCAAGAAGCUGAACAAGGCCUUCAAGGGAAAUGGAACAGAUGAAGUUUCCAUUGUUGAAGUCUUGGCAAACAGAACAAUAGAUCAGAGACAGCAAAUAAAGCAGAAAUACAAGGAUCUAUUUGGCAAGGACCUGGAAAAGGUGCUGGAGAGUGAGCUCAGUGGGUAUUUUAGGAGAACAUCCAUAGCUCUUCUGGAUCUCCCAAGUGAAUUCUGUGCCCGAGAGCUCCGGAGGGCCACAAAAGGCAUUGGGACAGACAUAGCUGUGAUGAUUGAGAUUCUCUGCACAAGAAGAAAUAAGGAAAUUGAAGAAAUCAAAACUGUCUACCAAACUUUAUUUGGCAAUAGCCUUGAAUCUGAUGUCAUAGAUGACACAAGUGGAGACUUUAAAAAGAUUGUUCUGUCCUUGCUACAGGCUUCACGAGAUGAAGGGGAGGAUGUGGAUAAAGAACUAGCUGAGAAGGAUGCAAAAGCUCUCUAUGAAGCAGGGGAAGGUCGUUGGGGCACAGAUGGAAUAACUUUCACUGAGAUCCUGUCGAAAAGGAACUAUGACCAAUUGAAGGCUACCUUCCAAGCCUAUGAAAAACUAGUGGGCAAGGAUAUCGAACAGGCCAUGGAGAACGAAGUAUCUGGAGACCUCAAGAAGGCCUUACUAACUAUAGUGAGAAGUACCCGAGACUGUGCAGGCUACUUUGCUGAAGUCCUGCACAAGGCCAUGAAGGGACCUGGGGCUGAUGGAGAUACUUUAAUCCGAGUCAUAAUAACCAGGGCCGAGGUGAGUUUAAAAUAA